AUGGCACCAGGAGAGCGCUCAGAAGAAGUCUGGCUAUGGUACACAGCAGUAUACGAAGCGAUUCAAGAGGUGCCUUCUGGCAAGGUCACUAGCUAUGGUCAUAUUGCCAGGCUGCGCGUGAUCAACGCCAAAGGCGGUAUCAGCCCGAGAGGCCCGAGCGCUGCUGCUCAGCAGGCGGAUGCCCUGCGGAGAGAGGGAGUGGAGGUCAGACAGGAUGCCAUGGGCCAGUACACGGUAGAUCUCGGUACAUAUGGCUGGUUCCCUGAUGUCCUCCCAAGCGAGGCUGGCUUAGUUGAAAGUAGCGACGAGGAGGAUGAAGAGGCGGCCGCGUACCACACUUGA